UACCAAACGGCGUAAAGUGAAGUUUGGUCGGCGCUGGACUCUGGAUGGUGGUGGUGUUUUUUCCACAUCUGAUCUAAAUUUUUGCAAUAAAUUUGGUUUUUCAUAUUAUAAUUAAUAAAAAAGUAAAUAUUUUCAGAAUUAGUGGAAAAAAUAAUACAGAUAUUAAUUAAUUAAAGUGAAUACAACAUGAAGAAAGUAUUGAUGGUGGCUGAGAAGCCGUCUUUGGCGGCAUCGUUGGCACAAAUUUUGUCAAAUGGAAGAAGUACUUCGAAAAAAGGUACUAGUAAUUCUUGUUCGACUCAUGAGUGGACGGGUACCUUUAAGGGCUCAACUGUACUCUUUCGCAUGACAUCAGUGUGUGGGCAUGUAAUGUCACUGGAUUUUGUGGGCAAGUACAAUUCUUGGGAUAGAGUUGAUCCCGUUGAAUUGUUUGGCUGUCCCACCGAAAAGAAAGAAGCAGUUCCCAAGAUGCAUAUGCGCAGUUUUCUUGCCCAGGAAGCAAAAGGUUGCGAUUAUUUGGUUUUAUGGCUGGAUUGUGAUAAAGAAGGCGAAAACAUUUGUUAUGAAGUUAUGGAUGCAGUGUCAAGAGUGAUAAAUAAUGUUUAUAAUCGAAGCGUUACAUAUCGUGCCCACUUUUCGGCUAUUACGGAAAAGGAUAUUAAAGGUGCCAUGGAAUCGUUAGGCUUUCCUAAUGAAAACGAAGCCAAAUCUGUGGAUGCUAGACAAGAAUUGGAUUUACGUAUUGGUUGUGCUUUUACUCGCUUCCAAACUAAAUUUUUCCAGGGACGUUAUGGUGAUUUGGAUGCUUCCUUUAUCUCAUAUGGUCCCUGCCAAACGCCCACAUUGGGUUUCUGUGUCAAACGUCACGACGAUAUUCAAACAUUUAAACCGGAAAGUUUUUGGUAUUUGCAACUGACUGCUGGCCAGCCAGAAUUCAGUUUCGAAUGGGCACGCGGUCGUGUAUUCAAGAAGGACAUUGCCAUAAUGCUCUUGAAUAUGGUUAAAAAUCAAAAGGAGGGAUUAAUUGAAAGUGUAACUUCGAAAGAGCAAUUCAAAGGUCGGCCACAAGCAUUAAACACUGUCGAAUUGAUGCGUAUUUGUAGUUCUGGUUUGGGCAUAGGUCCCUUUCAAGCAAUGCAAAUUGCUGAACGUCUUUAUACGCAGGGUUAUAUAAGUUAUCCACGUACGGAAACAAAUCAAUAUCCAGCUAAUUUUGAUUUAAAUGCUGUCUUGCAUAUACUGAAACCCUCCACAGAAUUUGGUAGCGAAGCCCAGGCUAUAUUGAGCGAUUUUAAUCCACCACGCAAGGGAAAAGAUGCCGGUGACCAUCCUCCCAUUACACCCAUGAAAUUGGCUUCGCGUAAUGAUUUUGAAAGAGACACAUGGCGAGUCUAUGAUUUCAUUUGCAGACAUUUCUUAGGAACCAUAUCAAAAGAUUUAAAAUAUCGUACGACAGUAGUCAAAAUGCGUGUUGGCAUGGAGACUUUCUCGUGUACGGCAAAUGUUUUAAUCGAUCCUGGUUAUACGAAAGUUAUGACUUGGCAGGCGUUUGGUCGUGAUGAAGCCAUACCUCCAUUCACCGAAGGCGAACGUGUACAAUUUAACGAUGUACGUUUGGCCGAAAGUCAAACGAGUCCGCCGGAUUACUUGACAGAAGCUGAAUUAAUUACUUUAAUGGAACAGCAUGGUAUUGGUACAGAUGCUUCUAUACCCGUGCAUAUCAAUAACAUUUGUCAACGUAAUUAUGUGACAAUUGAGAGUGGCCGUAAACUUAUACCUACAACAUUGGGUAUUGUCUUGGUACAUGGCUAUCAAAAGAUUGAUCCAGAAUUAGUGUUGCCCACUAUGCGCUCUGAAAUGGAAGGCAUGCUUAAUCUUAUAGCCAAGGGAUCGGCUGAUUUUAAUGCAGUCCUUAAACAUGCUAUCGAUAUUUUCCGUUUGAAAUUCUUAUAUUUUGUUAAGAACAUAUCCAGUAUGGAUAGUUUGUUUGAGGUGUCAUUUUCUCCCCUGGCCGAGUCUGGUAAGUCUCAUUCGCGCUGUGGCAAAUGUCGACGUUAUAUGAAGUACAUACAAUCAAAACCAGCACGUCUGCAUUGUUCGCAAUGCGAUGAGACCUACUCGCUGCCCAAUGGUGGCAAUGUUAAGGUUUACCGUGAAUUCAAAUGUCCUUUGGAUGACUUCGAAUUGUUGGCGUUUACCACCGGCACCAAGGGUAGAUCGUACCCCUUCUGUCCCUACUGUUACAAUCAUCCACCGUUCAGGGAUAUGCCUAAGAAUGCCGGCUGUAAUUCUUGCACUCACCCCACCUGCCCUCAUUCUCUGAAUACUUUAGGUAUAUCGGGUUGUGUGGAGUGCGAACAUGGCGUUCUUGUACUGGACUGUACUUUAGCGCCAAGUUGGAAAAUUGGCUGCAAUAGAUGCGAUGUCAUAAUCAAUUGCUUUAAGGGAGCUACUAAAAUAACUGUAGAAGAAGAUAAAUGCGACGAUUGUGGCGCUCAAAACGUUAAGGUUUUGUACAAAUCGGACAAGACAAAAUUCAAGGACGGUUCGGAAGAAAAAUCCGGUUGCAUAUUUUGUUCAUCAGAUUUUACUCAUUUGGUAGAAAAACAUCGUGCAGUAGCAUCACGACCUGUUAAUAUAAGAGGUGGUCGUGGAGGUCGGGGCGGCAGAGGUGGUAGUAAAGGUGGUCGUGGCGGCGGUGGUGGUAGAGGAGGCCGUGGUGGUUCACGUCAACCCAAAGACAAAAUGGCUCAAUUAGCUGCCUAUUUUGUUUGAGAUUGAUCUUUUGCUCAGCAUAAAAUUUAUUCAUAAAGAUUUGCAAUGUUGUAAAUUACAACAUUUAAUACAUUUUAUUUUCAAUACAUACGUACAUAUUUAUUAAACAACAAAUUAAACAUUUUUAUAAUGUUUAAUGCAUUUAUAGUAAUUUUUAUGUAUAAUGGCAACACAUAUAAGAAAAUAAAGUGAUAGUAAAAACAAUUU